UGUUUAUAAUUGGUUAGACUAGCCACAAGGAUUUUUAACCACGCAGGAUGUCGUUCCACGCUCUCGCCCUGUACUGCGCUACUGUGUUUGUGCUUGUCGCGGCUCAGGAUCUUGAGUUUCCGGUGCAAACCUGCAAGCGUGAUGCGCCUGAUUAUACAUCUUGCCUGAGACUUGCGAUGCAAGAAGCAUGGCCAAACUUCAUCGCAGGUAUUCCGAAUUUAGGCGUGCCAGUUUUGGAUCCGUAUUUUCUUGAAUAUCAACAUACUGUAUACGAUGCUGGUGACUUACGUGCAGAAAUAACAGUUAAAAAUGUUAAUAUCUAUGGACUCGCGAAAAGUAACUUCUUGGCUGUAAGGCCAUAUCAUUCUGCCGAUGCCUUUAAAUUGGAAGUCGAUCUUGAGUUGCCAAAGAUGCUCAUUGAGGGUAAUUUCAAAGCGAAUGGAGCUUAUGGAGCGUUAACACUUGGCGGAGAAGGAUUUUUCAAUAUUAGUAUGGAGGAUAUUAAAGACACAUGGUCCAUCGAAGGACCUGUAGCAAACGAUAGAUGGACGCUCGAACAUUUCCGCUUAAGUCCGGAAAUUGGAAAGAUGGUUAUCUGGUUUAGUGAUAUGUUCAAUGGAAACGAGGAACUCAACAAAGUAGCUCUUCAAUUUGUAAAUGAGUAUUGGCCAUCGUUGUACCGAGAGAUGUUGCCGUUCCUGUCGCAGAAUCUGGAUGAAUAUCUUACCGAAGCCGCUAAUCGUAUAUUGUCGAAGAUCUCCUUCUCGAAGACAUUCCCUUGAAAACCUCGAAGAAAAUUUUCCGUGCUAGAGCACGUAUACGUAGCGUAGUUGAAAUAUCAAAUCGAAGAUACGCUUGAAUUUUGGAGCAGCGAAUAUUUUAAUUAGGCGACUGCUCGAAAUUGGCGCGGAGGACUAUAGAGUUCCUCUCUCUCUCUCUCUAGAGUCUGCAAACAUCCCGACGUGAUCAUUUUUGUUUCUCAUCGUAACGUGAUAUUGUUAGAAUGCAUUUGCACUUCGAAUGUCGCGAUAUGCCUAUGAAUAAUGCGACAAUAUGGCGAGUUUAUUGUCUAAUUAUGUAACGUGUCAACAAAAUAGAUUACUUCUCAUCAUUGUUAUUAUUAUUGUGUUACUGCUAUUUCCACUAGCGAGAUUGUUUAUAUGAAGCACAGAUGUAAUUAAUAUCAGGAAAAAUAGAAAAAAUGUGCCAAAUCGAAA